ACUUUAGCACUGUCUGUUGGUUUUCGUUUCCUCCUUUUUCUCCUGCUCUUCAGUUUGUUUCGGAUAGUUUCGUGGGGUUUAAGGUUUGAUCCGGGCAUAGAACCCUAAUCGAGAAAUCAAGGUAGUGAAAUCAGUUCGCCCGUUUUCCUUAGAAAUCAAUUUUUCAGAGAGAGAGAGAGAGAGAGAGAGGGGCAGCGAUUUUGUGGCAUCGUCGUAUUUGCGUUCUUCGUCUUGGUUUGGAGUUGAGAGAAGAAGAAGAUGGGAGAACGAAAGGUGUUGAACAGAUAUUACCCCCUGGGUUUCGACCCCUCGGAGCUGCCUAGGUUUGGGACGCCCAAGAGUCAGCAGAUUAAGGUUCGGAUGAUGCUUUCGACGAGCAUCCGAUGCAACGUCUGCGGGAAUUACAUCUACAAGGGGACCAAGUUCAAUUCCAGGAAGGAGGUCGUCAUAAACGAGAUGUAUUUUGGGGUUCAGAUAUUCAGAUUUUACUUCAAAUGCACCAAGUGCUCUGCUGAGCCCACGAUCAAAACCGAUCUGCAGAAUUCAGAUUAUGUUGUGGAGUUUGGGGUGAUGAGAAAUUUUGAGCCCUGGUGUAAGCAGGAUGAGGUGGUGGAGAAUGAGAAAAGGAGGAGGGAGGCUGAAGAGAUGGGUAUUGCGAUGAAGUCCUUGGAAAAUAAGACACAUGAUAGCAAGAGAGAGAUGGAUAUUCUUGCCGGACUUGAUGAAUUUGAAUCAAUGAAGUCUAGACAUGCAACUGUGGAUGUGGAUGCAACAAAGGAAAAGAAGCUGGUGGAAAAGGAUGAAGUGCUUCUCAAAUCAAUCGUAUUUCAUACAUCCAAAGAUUUUGUCUGUAGGAUUGAGGAUGAAGAUUCUAAGGACAAGAAAGAUUUGACAUGACCUUCUACUAGAUAUGACGAAUCAAUGAGCAAUACUCUCAAAAAGAGAAAACUUUCUGAGAAAUAUUCAGACAAGCCGAUAGAUUUAUUGAGAACAGCUACUUCCUCUGUGCCAAUUGUCGUGGAAAAGAAAGUUGCUCCAAGUGUGACAUUGGUAUAGGCAAAUUUUUCAAAACUAUGGAAGUGGUGAUGUUGAUCAUUGAACUAUGAUUUAGCUGCAAAUGGUAUUAUUCAAUUUCUCGCUGUAUUAGGAGAAAACUUUUUGAUUCUAUCUCAAUUGUAAUUUCUGAUUGAAGGGAAAUACAUGUGAAGUAUUUUUUUUUUUUACUGAAAUUUUUUUUUUGUCCAAUCCAAAAGCUUUAGCCAUUAGAUGAUUGCAUAGUUUAAUAUCUAAAUAUAUCAACACUUCUCCUUACACAUAGUAUGGACUUAGGCCUCAUUGGGGAGGCAAAUAAGGGGUUUGGAAAGAUUUGAACCUGCUUUGAUAUUAAGUAGAAAGUCUAAACCAAAAGUCUGAAUUGUUAAAUGAAGACUAAUAUUUAAAUAUUCUAACAACAUGGAUGCGAAAAUGCAAAGAUGUUCCAAUGAUUUGAGCAUAAAAGCCAAAAAUCCGUUGAUAGUAAAUUCUAAAGCAAUGAAUUUGAGUUCGUGCUGGAGCUGGAUGCAUCAAAUAAACGCAUCUGAGGAAGAGCGCAACUAAUUUCUUAUAGCUCAGGGUAAAGAACUGAGAAAAUGAUAUUUUGAUUUCCCCGGUCCUAUGAAAAGUUCUAGUCUCAUCUAGAGUUUGAGAGGUUUUUUGACUGGAUAAAUAAGUUGGUAUUUUUCUCUAAUUGUCAACAUCAAACACUUCUUUUAAAGUGUUCAGCUCAACUGGUUUUGCGUUAUGUCAUUUAUAGAUGGAAGUAGAGCUGGGGACUUUUGGCGUGUUUAUACAACUGAAUGGUACUGUUGCACAAUGUUACUUGCCUUACAGACUGUAUUGUUGCACACUGUAACUUGGCUUACAGACCCUUUCAGUCUGUUGUAUUGUGGUACCCCAUUCCAAUUGUGGUACCCCAUUCCACCUUACAGACUGUAUUGUUGCACACUGUAACUUGGCUUACUGACCCUUUCAGUCUGUUGUAUUGUGGUACCACAUUCCACCAUCUCUCUCUCUCUCUCUCUCUCUCUCUCUCUCUCUCUCUCUCUGAGUAUGGUGAUCAUGGCCAUACCAGGAGGUUUUGCCUCUGCGCAUGCUGAUGAUGCAAUUCUGGCUUGUG